CAAAUACCGAGCACUUGGGUGCCCAAAGGAACCCGCCUUCUUGCUUUAAUUGGCCAAUCAGACUUUGGCUUCAGCCAAUGUAAGAACCAGAACGGGCUUUUUUUUUUUUCUUUUCUUUUCCCCUCUCCGUGUUUUCUUCCACACCCAGCCCGCGAGGCUGAGUCUCGCGAUACUCGAGAGCCGGCUCGGUUCCUGGUUGGUGGGACCGCGUUGAGAAAGCCGGGGCGGCAGCGGGGAGAGGGGCCUGAAAGAAAAAAGAAGAAGAAGAAGAAGAAGAGAAAGAAAAGAGCCCGGCCCGAGUCGCGCGCGGAGGGAAUCGGCGAGAACUCCCUUCAUUUCACUUUUGUGUUUCGAAGGAGGAGUCGGGAGCUCGGCGCCUUUGGCCGUUUUCAUCUCUCCGGACGGUCUUCAUGAUGUCUGCGCUGGGACCGGAGAACGAGAACGUGAGCUCCCUUUCGGGCACCGCUUCGGUUCCCAGCGGCAUGGAGAACACAGGAGGGGCCCCGGCUUCCGCCGAAGGGACGCCCGGGAUAAAUGACGAAGGAACGAGUGGCUCCACUGGCGCAAUGAGCCUUGUGGCAUCCUUCCGAAAGUGGCUUCAUCGGCGCGACAAGACCCAAGCUCCAGUGUCCCAGCAGCAGCAGGGCCAGCAGGCAGGAAGGCUGGAGGCCAGGGCGCACGGAGAGGUUGAGCUGUUGCGGCCACAGGAAUUUUUUGGUGAUGAAUCUCCAGGAAAACAAAAAGAAAAUCAAGAACCAGAUCCUACCUAUGAAGAAAAAAUGCAAACCGAUCGAGCAAACAGAUUUGACUAUCUGUUGAAACAGACAGAAUUGUUUGCACAUUUCAUUCAGCCUGCUGCUCAGAAGACUCCAACUUCCCCCUUAAAAAUGAAACCAGGACGACCAAGAAUAAAAAAAGAUGAAAAACAAAAUCUGUUAUCUGUUGGAGACUAUCGCCAUCGUAGAACUGAACAGGAAGAGGAUGAGGAGCUUUUAACAGAAAGUUCCAAGACUACUAAUGUAUGCACUCGAUUUGAAGAAUCUCCAUCCUAUGUGAAAUGGGGAAAAUUGCGUGAUUAUCAAGUCAGAGGAUUGAACUGGCUCAUUUCUUUGUAUGAAAAUGGCAUCAAUGGUAUUUUAGCAGAUGAAAUGGGUCUUGGAAAGACAUUGCAAACAAUUGCGCUUCUUGGAUACAUGAAACAUUACAGGAACAUUCCAGGUCCUCAUAUGGUAUUGGUUCCCAAAUCAACUUUGCAUAAUUGGAUGAAUGAAUUCAAGAGAUGGGUGCCAACUCUUCGAGCUGUAUGUCUGAUAGGUGAUAAAGACCAGCGUGCUGCUUUCGUGAGAGAUGUUUUGCUGCCAGGAGAAUGGGAUGUCUGUGUAACAUCAUAUGAAAUGCUCAUUAAAGAGAAAUCAGUAUUCAAAAAAUUUAACUGGAGAUACCUAGUUAUUGAUGAAGCCCACAGGAUUAAAAAUGAAAAGUCGAAGUUGUCAGAAAUUGUGAGGGAAUUCAAGACUACAAAUAGAUUAUUGUUAACUGGAACACCAUUACAGAACAACCUACACGAAUUGUGGGCACUUCUUAACUUUUUAUUGCCAGAUGUCUUUAAUUCAGCUGAGGAUUUUGAUUCAUGGUUCGAUACAAACAACUGUCUUGGGGAUCAAAAAUUAGUAGAACGGCUUCACAUGGUACUACGACCAUUUUUGUUACGUCGUAUAAAAGCUGAAGUAGAGAAAAGUUUGCCUCCAAAAAAAGAAGUUAAAAUAUAUGUUGGUCUCAGCAAAAUGCAAAGGGAAUGGUACACAAGAAUCUUAAUGAAGGAUAUAGAUAUAUUGAACUCUGCUGGAAAACUGGAUAAAAUGAGACUAUUAAACAUUCUUAUGCAGUUACGAAAAUGUUGCAAUCAUCCGUACCUUUUUGAUGGAGCAGAGCCUGGUCCUCCUUAUACAACAGAUAUGCAUUUGGUUACCAAUAGUGGCAAAAUGGUAGUUUUGGAUAAAUUGUUGCCAAAAUUGAAAGAACAGGGAUCACGAGUCCUAGUUUUCAGCCAGAUGACAAGAGUGUUAGAUAUAUUAGAAGAUUACUGUAUGUGGCGAAAUUAUGAGUAUUGCAGACUUGAUGGGCAGACACCUCAUGAUGAAAGACAAGCUUCUAUUAAUGCAUACAACGAACCUGGCAGUUCAAAGUUUCUCUUUAUGCUGAGCACACGGGCUGGUGGUUUGGGAAUCAAUCUAGCUACAGCUGAUGUUGUAAUUCUAUAUGAUUCUGACUGGAAUCCACAAGUAGAUCUUCAGGCUAUGGAUCGUGCACAUAGAAUUGGUCAGACAAAGACUGUUAGAGUAUUCAGAUUUAUUACAGACAACACUGUAGAAGAAAGAAUAGUAGAAAGAGCAGAAAUGAAACUUCGCUUAGAUUCCAUAGUUAUUCAACAAGGAAGACUAGUAGAUCAGAAUCUGAAUAAAUUGGGAAAAGAUGAAAUGUUGCAGAUGAUUCGACAUGGAGCUACCCAUGUCUUUGCUUCAAAAGAGAGUGAAAUUACAGAUGAAGACAUUGACGGUAUUUUGGAAAGAGGCGCAAAGAAAACUGCUGAAAUGAAUGAAAAACUUUCCAAGAUGGGUGAAAGUUCACUCAGAAACUUUACAGUGGAUACCGAGUCUAGUGUGUAUAACUUUGAAGGAGAAGAUUACAGAGAAAAACAAAAGAUGGCAUUCACAGAGUGGAUCGAACCACCUAAACGUGAAAGAAAAGCCAACUAUGCUGUUGAUGCUUAUUUUAGGGAAGCUCUUCGUGUCAGUGAACCAAAAGCACCAAAGGCUCCACGACCUCCAAAACAACCUAAUGUUCAGGAUUUCCAAUUCUUUCCACCACGUUUGUUUGAAUUGUUGGAAAAAGAAAUUCUUUAUUAUAGAAAAACUAUUGGAUAUAAGGUACCUCGUAAUCCUGACUUGCCAAAUGCAGCUCAGACACAAAAGGAAGAACAAAUUAAAAUUGAUGAAGCUGAACCACUUAAUGAAGAAGAACUAGAUGAAAAGGAAAAACUACUUACUCAGGGAUUUACAAACUGGAAUAAAAGAGAUUUCAAUCAGUUCAUUAAAGCUAAUGAAAAAUGGGGUCGUGAUGACAUUGAAAAUAUAGCUCGAGAAGUAGAAGGAAAAACUCCAGAGGAAGUCAUUGAAUAUUCUGCUGUUUUCUGGGAACGGUGUAAUGAGCUUCAGGACAUAGAAAAGAUUAUGGCGCAAAUUGAAAGAGGUGAAGCUCGAAUUCAGAGGAGAAUUAGUAUUAAAAAAGCACUUGACACAAAGAUUGGCAGAUACAAAGCACCUUUCCACCAAUUGAGAAUAUCAUAUGGUACUAACAAAGGGAAGAAUUACACAGAAGAAGAAGAUCGUUUUUUGAUCUGUAUGCUUCAUAAGCUUGGGUUUGACAAAGAAAAUGUUUAUGAUGAAUUGAGACAGUGUAUUCGAAAUUCUCCCCAGUUCAGAUUUGACUGGUUCCUCAAAUCUAGAACUGCAAUGGAAUUACAACGAAGAUGUAAUACCUUAAUCACUUUGAUUGAAAGAGAAAACAUGGAAUUAGAAGAAAAAGAGAAGGCAGAAAAGAAGAAACGUGGACCUAAACCAUCUUUGGUGAGAACACAGAAACGUAAAUUGGAUGGUACUCCUGAUGGAAGAGGAAGAAAAAAGAAACUAAAGCUGUGAAUACUGAUUUCUUGUAAUCACUAAAUUUAAGCUAGUUCUUUAAUUUUACGGGUCUUCAUAAGAUGUACUUUACAAUUCUCAACUAUUAUGUCAUUAAAGGACAUUGGGUUCAUGUGUUUACUUGCUGAACUAGAAGAGUAACGUAGUUUCACGUUUUUAAAUAAAACAGCUGUGCUGAACUUUUUUUUACCAUUAACACUUGAAAUAAAAAAAAUAGGCUUCAUCUAGUAGUUGAUGUUUUUUAUAUGUAUAUAAUAUAUGUAUAUAUUGUUCAAUUCUUUGUUUCACAAGUAUGCUAAAUCAUACUACCCACUAGUAGUUUUAUAGAUAUUGUGCUUAGGUUUCCCAGGCUUUAAAGUUUUCAGUGUAUGUCCUUAGCUGUUAUGGACAUAUAUCCAGUGAUAAAAUAGCCAUUUAUCAUUGGGCAAACUAUUUAGAAUUAUCCAUUAGUUUUCCAAGAUGAUCUCUGUACUUUAGCUUAACUUUUGUCUUUUUAAAUAGGCAGGUAAAGAUAUCAAACAUCCAGCCACUCAACAUUUUUAUUUUCUAUGAAAAUGUCUGUGGGACACAAAAGUAUCAUUGGAAAUAUUACAUUGGAACUGGUACUUUGCAUUAUAGCAUAGAGUCAGUCUUGUUGAUCUACAAUGAAACUAUGAUUGUCCCUACCUCAGUCAUUUACAUCCCUCCCCCUUUUUGGGACUACUUUUUCACUUGCCAAUUAUUGUAUUCUGCUCAAUCAUAAUAGUAAUAAGCCAAUAAGCCAAAAUCAAACUGUAUUCCCAUUUGUACAUCAUGUUCUGCCUUUUUAACUGUUAAGCCAAAGAAAACCAUCUUAAAUUAGUUUACUGCACAAUAACCAGAAGGGUAGAAUAAUGUGUAAGUGAAAAUCUUUCCACUCAAAUUUUAUUUCUAGAUUUCUCACAGAAAACAAGAAUUGGUAUUUUUUCUUGGUUGUACUCUUUAACCCACCUAAUAGAGGUUCAGAGAGAUUGCUUUCUGUGUAACCUUCACAUAUACAAUCCCUGAAAAAAUGGUCACUUAGCAGUCACUGGUAUUGGAUCAAGUUUCUGCAUGUACAAAUUAAACAUUCUGAUCAUGGACUGAACUUUUUAUUUCACCCAAAUUGUGGAAGUCACUUAGCAUAUCAAUUUACAUUGUUAUAAUAAAGUAUAAUUAGCUAAUACAGUCAUUUGAAAAAGAAAGUAUACCCUCUUUGAGUUCUAUGGUUUUAUGUAUCAGGACUUCAUAAAUCAUCUGGUCCUUAACAGUUCUUAAAAAUACCCUUUUUACCCAAAAAUAAGACCUCCCCUGAUAAUAAGCCCAAUUAGGCUUUUGAGCGCAUGUGCUAAAAUAAGCCCUCCCUGAAAAUAUUUAAGUGCAUGCGCAUCUGGUCCCCGACAUUUCCUCUGGUUAGGAAGAAAUCAGGUAAGACGGCAGGAGGAGCCCCGUCUUGCUCCACGCGCCCCAGAAUAAGACCUCCCUGAAAUAAGGCCAAGCGCUUAUUUCGGGGUUCAAAAAAUAUAAGAUAGGGCCUUAUUUUCGGGGAAACACAGUAGGUAAAUACCUCAAUUUAAAUAACAACACAUUACAUAUUAUGCCAUAUCCUCAUUUAUCUUAAAAAUAGCCAAAACGGAGAAGCAAUGUGUGAAAAGCUAAGUACCUCCUUUCCAUAGGUACGAACAGCCUAAAUAGCAACCAGGUGCUGCUAAUCAAGUGUCCUUGAUCAAUUAAUCAUCAGCAAAUGUGACUACCUCAAUAACAGUUGAAGUUAUAGGAGUUCGUUGGUUUCCAGCAUUGAGGUGUGUGUUACAAUGUCAAAGAGGAAAGACAUCAGCAAUAAUCUUGGAGAAGAAAUUGUUGCCACAUAUCAAACUGGGAAGGGUUAUAAGGCUAUUUCCAAAUAAUUUAAAGUCCAUCAUUAGUGAGGAAGAUUAUUCAGAAGUGGAAAACAUUUAAGACAGUUGCUAAUCUUCCCAGGACUGGAUGUCCCGGCAAAUUCAACCCAAGGUUUGACUGUAAUGGUCAAAGAAAUGGUAAAAAAACUGAAGAAUUGCAUCUUGGACUCUUACAGGCCUCAGUUAGCAUGUUAAAUGUUAAGUUCAUGACAGUACAAUUAGAAAAAGACUGAACAAGUAUGGUUUGUUUGAAAGGUUUGCCAGGAGAAAGUCUCUCUCUAAAAACAUUGCAGCAUGGCUUAGGUUUGCGAAGUUGCAUCUGAACAAAUUGCAAGACUUCUGGAACACUCCUUUGACAGACAAGACCAAAGUGGAGAUGUUUUGCCAUAAUGCACAGUGCACUUUUGGCAGGAAAAAAAAAAAACCAGCACAAGCAUCCCAUGCCAACGUGUCAAGCACAGUGAAAGAGGGCUUGAUGAUUUGGCUUAUUUUUGCAGCCACAGGACCUGGGCACCUUGCAGUCAUGAGUCAACCACCAAUACCAAAGUUUUGCAGAAUCAAAUGUGAGGCCAUCUGCUGACAGUUAAAGUUUAGCUGACCUUAGGUCAUGCAACAGUACAGCACACCAGAAAAUCUGCAACAGAAUGGCUGAAAAGAAAAAAAAAUCAAGAUGUUGCAAUGGUCCAGUCAAAGUCCAGAUCACAACCUAACUGAGAUGCUGUGGUGAGACCUCAAGAGAGCUGUACAUAAACAAAUGUCCACAAACCUCAAUGAAUGGAAGCAAUAUAAAGAAGAGUGGGCGAACAUUUCUCCACAAUGGUAUGAGAGACUGAUAAAGUCAUAUAUAGAAAGCGAUUACUUCAAGUUGUUGCUGCUAAAGUUUUUACAGGCUAUUGAAUCAUAAGGUAUACUUAGUUUUUCAAACAUGGCUUUUCCAUUUUGGAAAAUAUGUGUUGUUCAUCUGAGCUGGUAUUUAUCUACUUUUAAGAAUUGCUAAAGAUCAGAUGAUUUUUACUAUGUCCUGAUAUAUAAAACCACAGAACUCAAAGAGGGUGUACACUCUUUUUCACAUGACGGUAUAUAUUUUACAUUAGGAAAUGUUAGGAAUAAAACAGGAAAAAGCUUCUAUGUAAGGAUAAAUUUUAACAUAGUAACUUUAUAUUUUCUAAUUACUUGAAAAUAAAACUGGUUUUGGUUCAA